GUUCGUGUCCGGACAACUUUUUAUUUUCUCUCAAUAAUUUUUUGUCGGAGAGAGUGCUGAAGUACGGUUCACCGUUCAGUUCGGCACAUUUUAUUUGCCUCUAAAGUCAAUAGCUGAUGAACUGUCAUUUGGGUGAAAUUUGACGUAGUGAAAAAGUAAAAUAAAUAAAAAGCUGCCAAAUUUGAAUUACAAUAUGGAAAGGCAUCAACAAAUCCAAUUAUUUUGCGUGGAAGUUCAAAAAUUUUGCCUAUUAAUUAGAUUAAACCGCUUGAAGCAGAAAAGCAAAAGGUCAAGAAGCUGUGCUGUGCGUAAAUUACUUUUGGACCGAGGCAAAGAUGGUUUUUAUUUUUCGCGCAUACCAAAGAUGCGUUUGAAUGACGUUCAAUCGUUUAUAAAUUUUCACCGCAUGGAUCCGACGACCUUCGAUGAGCUCCUUCACAUUUUGGGACCCAACUUGAAGAAUCAACCCAAUAGAUUUAAUGAAGAAAUAUCACCAGGAGAAAGAUUGGCUCUUACUUUAAGGUAAACGCUUUAAGGAAAUGAUGUUUUUUGGAAGAAAUCUCCGUCACUCAUUGCUAAAUUCGAUUGGGAGACAAAACAAUUUCAGUUCGUUUAACCUCCAGUGGUGAUGCGUUCCAAAAUAGAUAAUAUACACAUUAUGUACUUCAUUGACCUGCCCUUUUGGAAUAGCCAGCCACAAUGAAGCCCGAAAUAAAUUUUAAAUGUGCAUUCUAUAGUAAACCGGCUGCCUUUAUAGAUAUUUAGCGAGUGGAGAUAGCAUGAAAUCAGUUGGGUUUUAUGGAUUUCUAAUUGGCGCUUCGACCACAUCUAAUAUUGUAAGGGAAACCUGUCAACAGAUAUGGGAAAAAUUACAAUAUGUUUUCCCUACCCCUUCUGAAGACAUGUGGAAAAGUACUUCAGACGAGUUCUUUUUGGAAUGGGACUUUCCCAAUUGCUUAGGUGCAAUAGACGGGAAACAUGUCGUAAUACAGGCGUUUCCGAACCACAAUUCGCUUACUUACAACUACAAACAUACGCACAGUUUGGUUUUAAUGGCAGUGGCCGAUGCGCACUAUAAAUUUAUAAUGGUAGACAUAGGUGCUUUAGGGCAUAAUAGUGACGGUGGAGUGUUUAAAAAUUCAAAAUUUGGCAACAGUAUUUUGCAUCACCCGCAAAAUAUGAAAAUUCCUGGAGAAAAAGUACUUCCUAACACAAAUGAAAUUGCUCCUUUUGUUUUUCUCGCAGAUGAGGCAUUUCCUUUACGAAAGAAUAUAAUGCGUCCAUAUCCUGGCCGAAAUGUUACGAACUUGCCUCAAAAAGAAUUAAUAUUCAACAAACGCCUGUCCAAAGCGCGAAGGGUUGUUGAAAACGCAUUCGGAAUUUUAUCCAGCCGUUUUCGGAUAUACCGCAAACCAAUUAUUGCAAGCAAGGAAACUGCAAUAAAUAUUGUGAAGGCUACAGUGUGCUUGCAUAAUUGGCUUCGAGACAAAAGCGCCUCCAAUUAUUUAAACGCGGAUGAAGUUGAAGAGGACAGCGAAUUAGACAUUACCCGAAUUGGUUUACAACCAAUAUUAUCUUCUCGAAGUAAUCAUGCCUCACAAGAU